AUGAUGUUAAUGACAAUCUACCUCAAUUUGUGUCUGGUCACCAGAAUUUUACAAUAUCUGAAUCGGCAGCUGUUGGGUCAAGAAUAUCAUUAUUACCAGCAAAUGAUGCUGAUUCGGGAGAUUAUGGUAGGAAAAAUUGUUGAAUAUACUUUAACUGGAGAUGAAGGCUAUUUCAAAUUAAUCUACGAUCCAGAUGUCGAUUCCCUGCCAUUUCUGGAGAUACAAAAUGCUCUGGACUACGAGAAGCUCCACCAAUUACACAUCGAAUUGACGGCAUUUGAUGGGGGAUCGCCUAGGCAAAGCGGCUCCACUUCCAUUAGCGUCAAUAUUCUGGAUGCAAAUGACAAUGCUCCACAAUUUGAGAAGGAUGAAUAUGUGGCGCAUUGGAGUGGAAAUGUGAGGGACCCGAUCGCUCAUAUAAUGGCUUCGGAUGUGGAUAGUGGUGUGAAUGGGCUUGUGUCACUAGGAAUGGAUCGACAAAUGGAUUCUUUUGAUAUUGAUGGACAGGGGAGGUUGACAGCUAAAGACACCUGGCAUACCUGCUGCUACCCCCAAUCCUCAUGCUCUGAAUGCACCCUCAUCAUUCGAGCCAGUGAUCAUGGAACGCCACCCCUCUCCUCGACCACAUCUGUCAUCAUCAAAAUCAAACAAGAAUCCGACAAAAGCCAUCUGGACAUUAAAUUCAAAACCCAAAAUUCGCGCGAUUUUGCCCUUCUAAAAAAUGACAUUCCGAUUGGAAGCAUUUUCGCAAUAGUAUCAGUGCAAAAAGAUGGAACCCCCGGUUUUGAUGGAACGCUCAAAAUCAUUUCCGGAAAUGAAGCCGGAUAUUUUUCGUUGAGCGGAAAUCCGAAGCUCUCGAUGUUGAGACUCGAGAAAAGACCGACAACUCUUGCUCCAGAGUAUUUCGAGCUGGUUUUUGAGGCUGUUGCAAAGAUGGAGAAAGAUCAAGGGAUCAGGAAGAGCUUGAAGAUUUAUCUCGAAAGGCUCGGAAAAGCUGGUUUUUCAAAAAUUCCUUCUUCGUUGAGCGCUACAUUGAAGGAAGAUAUACCUAUUGGGUCUUAUGUUUCUCAGAUCCACGCUCCAAAAUACUCCACUUUCCGCUUAAUUCAAGGCACAGUAAAAUUUGAAAUCGAUCCGAUUAAUGGAAUUAUCGUUACGAAGGAAAAGUUAGAUGUACACGAGGCUACAAAAUACACCUUAGAAGUUGAGACAAUGCCACCACCACCUAGUAUUAAACCUGAAAAUACGGAAAUAAGCAUCCAAAUCAUUGAUGUCAAUAACCACACUCCAAAAAUAAUCUCUCAAAAUUCCUCAAUUUUUGUCAGUGAGGAUCGCCCUAUCGGAAGAGUCGUUUAUACGGUAAAAGCGGCAGAUCAGGAUUACGGUCAAAAUGCCGUCCUGGACUAUACACUAAAGAAAGGCUCCGACUUUUUCCAAAUUGACAAGAAAACUGGAGAUGUGAUUUUGAGAAAGGGAUUGGAUUAUGAGAACAGCAAAUGGCACUUUUUGGUGGUCGAGGUUUGCGACUCUGGAAAACCGGUACUUUGUGAUCAUCAACAUCUAGUCGUUCACGUUCAGGAUCAAAACGACAAUGCUCCAAAUUUUCUAUGGAAAAACCAGUACGCGAUUGUACGCAGAACGGAAUCUCCUGGCUUCAAGAUUUCCACUUUAACCGCUGAAGACCUGGAUUCCGGAAUAUACCGAAGAAUUCAAUAUUUUCUCUCAAAACCCUCGAAUCGAUCGGUGGAAGUUGGAGCUGUUGAUGGAGGAGGACGCUACGCUCCGAUAAACGCUACGUUGCAUCUGGAAUUUUUGAGCGGAAAUGAAACCGCUCCGGUGUUUCCGGAAAAAGACUGGAUAUUCGAGGUUGAUGAAGACUGUUUGGAGCAUGAGAUUGAGCUCGAGGAAAUUGGAACAAAGAAUGCCGUCCGUUAUGAAGUCAUUUCCGGUCCUGUCCAAGUCACUGAAGCCGGAAAGCUUAUCGUCUCCAAAAACGGGCUUAACUCCAAGGCUGGCAGUUCUGGAUUCCCAUUUACGGUAUCUGCCUGUAAUGCCGAGAAUAUUUGCGUCUCGAAAAAUGGAUUGAUCAUCGCCACCUCUGCAGAAAACCAAAAAGACGAGCUGAAAAUUGUUCUCAAAAUUGAGGACAGUUUGGAGAAUGAGCCAAUCCCUGCAAAACUAGCGUAUACGGUAGCUGAAGAUGCAGAAUUGGGAACGAGGCUUGGAAAAAUCAGCAAUCGUUCUGACAUCAUUUUCGGGCUGCAUUCUGGCUCUAGAAAUGCUAAUUUACCAAUAGGAAUUUUUCCGAAUGGUGAAAUUUACAUAUCUCGAGAGCUGGAUCAUGAAAUUAUGGAUUUAAUCUAUUUAACCGUCAUCGCUUCUCACAGCUCAAAAUCCAAUCGUUGGAAAACCGAUAUCGAGAUUAAAAUCCAGGAUGUGAAUGAUAACGCCCCAGAAUGCGCAUUAAUAGAUGCCCAAAUCCCAUCCCUAAAAAUCUAUCGAAAAUCGGAUCUUGGUUCAAAAAUCUGCACGCUACAAGGCCAAGACAAAGAUAGCGGAAUCAACGGAAUUCUGGCCUACCGUAUGCUAUCAAAAAUCGAUUGGCUGGUCGUGGAUCUACACGGAAAUAUCUAUUAUUCCACCCUUGCCCCAGAUACUGUAAUGAACAGUACUGUAGAAUAUUCCAUUACCGAUCAGCCACAGUUAUCUGGAUCAAAAAGCGCCUUUCCUCUCACCACAAAAUGCCAGUUUAAUGUUGAACUUGUCGAAGAUGCUGAAGUUGCUAGAGCGCCAGAAAAAGACACCUUUUUGGAGCCACCAAAGCUAAUCGAUAUGCUAAAGCCCGGCAGUCCGCCGGUUUUCCAAAAUCUCCCAAAAGAACUGAGAAUUCGGAAAAAUAUGCUAAUUGGAGAAAUCGUCGAUCAAUUGAGGGUCCAUUCCGGGAGUCCGGUCAGGUUCAAGAGUCGCACUCCUGAGCUUUACAUCGAUUCUAAAGGAAGAAUCAUCCUCAACGAACUCCCAAGGAAAUUCCGCAGCCAAGAAGCCAUUCUCGAGGUGGAACUGCUUGACAAGAUUCAGCAAGGAGAAGAAGUGGUCAAAGUUUCUACAAAAGUGGUGCUACCUAUCCGAAUCGAUACUACUGACGGCACUACCAAAUUGGAGCUCCUUACAAAAGAGCUAUCAAUUACGGAGAAUUGCGGUCUUGAUUCAGACCUGCCACAAGUUGAACUGUCUACUGCAGCUGAUCUUUCGUUAAUAUCGAAAUUUCCUGAAAAUUGCCCAGUCGAAAUUACCGAGGGAAAACUGCAGCUUUAUGCUAAUUUGGAUCGAGAGGAAAUCAGCAGUUGUCAACUGUUUAUACGGGCUGAGGGUAGCGAAAGUGUACUGUAUGAUGUUGUCAAGAUUACGGUAUCAGAUGUGAACGACAAUGCUCCAAUAUGCGAUGGGAUUUCGCAUUUUGUGAUCGAUCAAACUCCUUCUAUCGUACCUCUGAAUUGCCAUGAUCCGGAUAUUGGCGAAAAUGGGACGUUGCAAUACAGUAUCGAGAAGGUGGACGGCCUCCGCGUCCAGCAAGAUGGCCAUUUGAUCAUCGACACUCUAAAACCAGGAAUUCAUGAAGUUGCGGUUACUGUAACGGAUAUGGCUUUAAACUCCCCAAAAAGCACACUAAUGAAAUUGACGUUAAUUCGGGCAUCUGAAAUCGCCGAGGUCAAAAAUCUGCCUCAAUUAAUGGCAAACAGCUCGACCAAAAUUGGGACUAUUCUUGGAAAGAUCCACCUCGAAGAAAACACUCUCCCGGCAUUUACAAAAAUCCCAGAAGGAGGGCCCUAUCUCGAAAUCUCAAAAAAUGGGGAUAUUAUGGUCUCAAAAGCUCUGGCUACCGUAUCAUCGCCUUUACAACAUAUUUUAACCAUCUACAACUCGACGUAUCUACAGUAUAUUCAGAUGGAUCUGCAAGUGACCCCUGAUACUGCGAGGAUCGAAAAUCCGGAUGUAUUUUUCGAAAUGAAAAGGGAUUCCCCGAAAGUCGCUAUCACUGGGAAUUACAACGAAGAGGGCCAUCCGACAGACAAUCGGGAUCACAUCUACUUUUUCGUGCGAGAAAAUUCGGCUUCCGGGACCCCAGUGGGGCAGAUGGUUGCUGAAAAUGUGAAUUUCUUUUCAUUAUUAAACCACGAAAAUCUAUUUGAAAUCGAUGAAAACGGAGUGGUACGGACGAAGAAGGGAAUCGAUCGGGAGGCGGAAGCUUUUAUCGUGCUCUCCAUUAAAGAAAGCCUCUCCAGUGGAUAUUCAAGCCAGAAAAACAUUACUGUAAUUAUUGAAGAUGAGAAUGAUUCGAUUCCAAGCUGCAAAAAGGCCAAAUUCUCCGUUCCUGAAGAUUUCAAGCAAGAAUCGAUAAUUGGCACCCUAGAAUUUCGAGAUGCAGAUUCUGAAACCUUUUUCAACCCGAAAAUCAUCUCCGGAAACGAUGAAGGAAUUUUUACGAUCAAAAACAAUGGCGAUUUGAUGCUUCAAGGAGGGCUGGACCACGAAAAGAAGAAGAGCCAUCGAUUGGUGAUAGCCUUGGACGAUGAUAUUCUACCGUAUACAGUCCAUACCGUCGAAUGUGACGUGGAAAUCGAGGUUCUCGACAUUAAUGAUAGCCCCCCAAAGUUCCUGGAACAGACUGUAUUUUUGGUGGAUCAAAAUCGGAAGGCUGGAGAGAUUUUCGGGGUCGUGAAAGCGACAGAUGAAGAUAGUGCUCAGAAUUCGUUACUAAGAUACAGAAUCCUCCCAGAUUCUCUUCCAAUCGCUUAUUUCUCAAUCGAUCCACUUUUUGGGUCUAUAAAAGUUGGACGACAUCCUUUAAAAGCUCUAAAUUCUGGAAAAAUCGAUUUUAUUGUUGAAGCUAUCGAUUCUGGCAGUCCGUCUUUAUCUACACAACAAGCCAUUACUGUACAGAUAAUCCCGAGCUGCUCUGAAAAACCCACCCUAAUUGAACCCAUCACCGAUUUCUCCGUCGAAAAAGAUGCCAAAAUCGGGACGAUUAUCACCCAGAUUCCUAUCAACGACCAAAGCAAUUGUUUUAUAUUCUCCACAACCGACAAAACAUUUUCUAUCGAUCCCAGAAGCGGAAUUGUGACUUUAAACCGUCAAUUGGAGUAUACUGACGCUCAAAAUUUCUCUCUACCGAUUCGUCUUUCUCCACUUGGCGGUGGUGCUCCUGGGGAAUUAAACCUAAAUAUUCACGUGAUCCCCUCAAAACAAGAGCUAGUCAUGGCCAGUUCUCCUCUAGAGAUUGAGGUUUAUGAGAAUUCGGAGGAAGGGGUCAUAAUCGGACAGCUUGGAUCGUCUGUCGUCAACAAUUCUGAGUUGACAUAUUCAAUUACAAAUGGGGAGCAUGAGAGAUUUGCUGUCGGUCCGAAUACCGGGAGCUUGAAGUUGUUAAAAGCUCUUGAUGCUGAGAAGGAGAAGCUACACGAAUUGUCGCUGGUUAUCUCCGAAUCCCGCUGGCCACGACAUUCUGAAACCAAUACGGUCCUUAUCAAAGUACUGGAUACCAACGACAAUUCCCCAAUGUUUUCUGAACCUCUUCAACAAGUCGCCAUCUACGAGAAUACAACAAUUGGGACUAUGGUUGCUAAAAUGACAGCAAAUGACCGAGAUUCAAAUGAGAAUGGAAUCAUCACCUACGAAAUAUUUGACUGCGGAGACACCUGCCCCUUUAAAAUCGACAUGAAAACGGGGGAAAUUCGGCUUGUAAAAGCAUUGGAUCGCGAUGAUGGCGAUGAAUUUUGGAAUCUGACUAUUCAAGCGAAGGAUCUGGGACGAAUUUACACUCGUACAACUACCGUAAGACUCGAGAUCUCGAUUCUGGAUGUAAAUGAUGAAAUUCCGGUGAUAGCAAACAAAAGACUCGACUAUCUGAUUCCAAAUAAUCUUAAAACAGGAGAUCCUGUCGUGCAUGUCAGCGUUUUUGACAAAGAUUUGAACGACAUUUUUCGAUAUAAAAUUUCUGGAGCGGAUAUGGAGUAUUUCCUUAUCGACAAAAAUGGAAUAAUCUAUGCUAGGAAAGAUCUCCCCUCACAACCUGAAUUUUCCUUCGUCUCUACAGUCGCUGAUAAAAUCGGGCAUUCGGCUUCUUCCAGUUUCACCCUCUACACAGCUCACGCCGAAAAUUUCCCAAGAUUCAAGGCACUACGACAAGCUCCUCUUGCUUUAAAGGAAAACUACAUUGGGGAGGCAACCCGUUUCCAAGCAGUACCAAGCACUAUGAACGACAACCUCCAAUAUACCGUAGAUUCGACGAAAUUCCAAAACUCCUUCACCAUCGAUCCUAGUGGAAUUGUGAGAAUACGGAAAAAUCUCGACUUCGAGGAGUCGAGGAAUACUUCCCUAAUAAUCACGGCUUGUACCGAGAAGACACCACCAUUUUGUAGCUUACAAUUACUGGGAGUUGAGGUGGUGGAUGUCAAUGAUAAUUCACCCAAAUUCGAUAAGGACCUGUAUUCCGUCGAAAUUCUCGAAAAUAUGGGAGUCACCCCGAUUUUGGCUUUAAAAGCUGAAGACAGGGAUAGUGGUGAGAAUGGAAAAAUACGAUAUGAAUUAGAGAACAAUUAUGAUGGGUUAUUUGUUAUUGAUCGAGAGACUGGAGUGCUUUCAAAUACCCUAGAAUUGGACCGGGAAGUGCAAGAAAAUUACGAAAUCAAAGUUUUGGCUAUUGACUUUGGAACACCACAAUUAAAUGGAUCUACUAUUGUCAAGCUAAAAGUCCUUGAUGAAGAUGACAACCCCCCAAAAUUUACUCGCCUAUUCCACACCUCAAUUUCUGAAGAUUCCCCCAUCGGGACAAAGGGCAAUAUCGGGCGAGUUCGAGCUCUAGAUGAUGAUACCGGAAAAAAUGCCGAAAUAUAUUACUCAAUUCCUGAAGCUCCUUGUUUCCAUAUUGACCCUAUUUCCGGGCAAAUCAGCUACAAUUGUCAAAACCAUCAAAUGGGAGCAUUAAAUCUAACAAUCUGCGCUUCUGACUCUGGAAUUCCAAGAAAAACAGCAUGUACCGAAAUUCCAAUUAUAUUCGAGAAUUCUGAGGCUAAAGCUGAUGCUCAAACUUCAGAACAACCAGCUCAAGAAGAAGCCGUUGAAAAACGACUCUUAAAAACCGAAGAAAUCGCUGUAGAAGCGACCAGUCAAACCCUAAUCACCUGCCUCAAAACCCAAAAUGUCACUCUGAACUGCGAGGGGAUUGUUAGAGCUGGAAAUUGCCUCUAUUACUCUGAACUACAAACUACACCUUCCACUGAAUGUCUACUAAUUAUCGAUGAAAACUGGAGAAGCAUGAUUCGGAUCAAGAACCUCAAGAAAUCCACUCGAAAAUCGAGCAAGAGGUCUCAGAAAAUCGCUGUUUCUUCCCAAACGGCUGUUGGGACCGGGCUCCCUAUAAAGCUAGAAAAGCCAACAUGUUCAAGCAGUCCAGCCAUGCUCUCGUUUAACAAAUCUACUGUAUCCCUGGCAAAAACAAUAAAACCUGGUUCGAUCGAUAUUUUAUGUAUGAAUUCUAUGACUGAAGACAUCCAGAGAAUCCAAGUCGAGUUGAGUCUCACCCCUGAUGCUCCGCCUCCAGUUUUUGAGAAAGAGCUCUAUGAGUUUGAGCUAAACGAGGAUGAAAAGGCUCCAUUUGUACUCGCAAAUUGGAGCCUGACGUUGCCGAGAAAUUGGAUGGGAAGUGUAAGGGAGGAGGAAUAUCGAGAGUCAAUAUGUAUCGAUCGUACUGGGGUACUGUCAAUUUGCGGGAAAAUCGCUGCGGGACUACACAAAUUCCAUAUUGACAUCCGGGCCCAGGAAUUUGUAGCCUCAUCAACUGAAAUUCACUUGAAAGUGACAGAAUCGGAUGCUGGCUCAAACCUCGUCGGUUGGAUUCGUGAAAACGAGCCAUCACAAACUAUCCUCAAAAUCAACCCCACCAAUUACCCAAUGACAAUAAGAAUGACCAAUUCGGAGCAAUAUGAGCUUUUUGAGGUCGACUCUACCGGAAGUCUGCGUACAAAGCGAGCAUUCGAUUUUGAAGCGAAAAACGCGUAUUUUGUGCCGAUUGUUAUCCAUUCUGGGAAUCGUACACGCAAUGAAAUGGUGCGAAUAUAUAUUGAAGAUGAAGUAGAAACCCUAAAAAUAGAUGGGAAGAAUAUGGAUUUAAAUAUAACGAUAAUCCGACGUCGUCAUCUACAUAGUCGUUCGAUCCAAAUCCACAAUGUUAAACCUUACAAUAAUGAUCUAAAUCGACAUUUUGUAUGUCAACAAUCAAAUAUGAUCGAUACAAACUGCACAAUUCGAGUCCAAAAAGCUACCACAAAAAUGGCUCUAAUGGCCGAAGAUAGUCUAACGAUGAAAUCUUAUAAAUAUGAAGCUACAAUCACCACCAAGAAACAGCCUUACCAAAAACCAACCGAUUCUAUCCUGAUUUCUGCGUACGGUAAUGGUAAUGGGAUCGCGAAUAUGAUGCAAAAAUUGAUGGAAAAAUAUGUGGAUUUGAGCUUCAAUUGGAUCGGGAUCCAUCUAAAAAACCGGGAUGAGUUCGAGGUUGCACUAGAAGUUCGGGAUCGGAACUUGAAUCUGCUCAGCUUUUCCGAUUCUCUGGCGCUAUUCCAGAAUUUCUUCGACAAAAACAAGGAGACGCUGCAGAUCCACGUUAUAAGCCUAAAACUUGGGCAAUGUUCUGAGAUCUCUUGCGAUAAUCAAGGCGCCUGCGUGGCCAAUUUCGUCGAUACAAAACGAGAUCUAACACUGAGGGAUGGCCAUGAAAUAUUUGUAUUGCCGGAAGGGAAGCUGGGAUACGGUUGUCAAUGUCAAGCCGGAUGGAGGGGUAGAAAAUGUAGUCUAAAAGCUUCUAUCUCUCAAAUAAAGGAGCAGCAAAAUGAGGCUGAUCUAAAAACGGAAUGCGAAGACUGUGACAUUUCCGAGAAAAACACCAACGAUUUGACGGAGCUGGCGCCGAUUGUAGACAAAUUCCCCAUUGAAGAUCCUCUAUAUAAAAAUAACAUUAAACGGCCAGUUAUAUCCGAGAAAAUCAAUUGGGAAUACAUGCGAAUAGGCGCCGUUGGGAGUCUGCUAUUAAUAUUUCUAUUUGUUAUAUCAAUGGGUUAUUGGGCAGCUAGAAGACGAAUAGCAAAACAAAAUUGGCGUGAGAUGACAUCACCAGGAUGGCAAUUGAGUGAGAGAUGGCACAAGGAGAAAGGGAUCGUUAAUCAUGGGCUAGUAAUGAGUAGAGGAGCAACACCCGAUCGUCUUACCUAUGCUCGCACAAUGCCAAUUGAUGAGCCAUUAUAUGAAGCACCGCCAGCAUUCACAUCCACUUACCAC